ACAACGAGAAAUAAAAAAGGCUUAUGACAAAUAAGUCUCUUUUCUAAGCCUAGCGAAGUUUCAAAUUCUGAUUCAGCAUAACUUGCUCAAUCUUUUCUAACUGCUCACACUAAUACAUUAUCAUAUACAAGUUAAGAUUUCACAAAAGAGCCAAGAAGAAGAACUAUGAGGAAGCGUCAAGUGGUGUUAAGGAGAGCAUCGCCGGAGGAGCCUUCUAGAAUCUCCUCGACGGCUUCCUCUCGGAUGUUGAGAGGUGUGAGAUACGGCGAGUGUCAGAAGAACCACGCCGCAGCAGUUGGAGGCUACGCCGUUGACGGCUGCCGGGAGUUCAUGGCAAGCAACGGAGAGGAAGGUACGGUGUCAGCGCUAACUUGCGCCGCCUGUGGCUGCCACCGCAGUUUCCACCGGAGAGAAACCGAGGUUGUUUGCGACUGUGAGUCACCUCCCUCGAGUGGGAAUUAGACCAGCAAAACUAGAGCUGGCUAAAAAAUUGUUCCUGUCUUUGUGUGUUAUAUAUUCUCAUAGGGUGAAACUGAAAAUAUUAUAGCUUUCUUAAUGUCAAGGAUUUGUGUCUCUUUAAGAAUUUUCAAAGUACACUUAUUAUAUAUUGAAAGUGGUAAAAGAUUUAUUGUAAUUGGAUGCCUUCUGAGUUUGAGAA